CAUCUGACCAGAACCAGGUCCAGUGGCAGUCUUGUAAUUAGAUCGAAGUUCAAGGGUAGUAACGUAAAAUGGAUGGAUCACCAUCUUCUAUAAACCCCUUCGUCUCCCUCGUCUUUUCACCAUCGUUCCCCGCGGAUCAAACACUGAGAAAAAAAAGCGAAAAAAAUUCGAAAAAGAAAAGGAAAAAAACCCUAGAGAAAAGCCAUGGAGGUUGAAAACCCUAGCAAUGGCGGCGAGAUCGAAGGAUCAAGUAGUGGGUUUGAAGUCGAUAGCUGUUGCUCCACUCCUUAUGUGAGUGCUCCUUCGUCUCCGGGUCGUGGCCCCGUUCCAAGCUACUUCUUCAGCGCUCCAGCUAGCCCCAUGCACUACGUGCUCGCAUCCACGGCCUUCUCGUCGUCUACGUCGUCAUCCGUUGCCGGUGAGGGGGAGGCGGAGGCGUCCAUUUCUGGUAGCUUUGAGUUUGAGUUCUCAGCCCGGGGAUCGAUGAUCUCGGCCGAUGAGAUCUUUCUCAAUGGCCAGAUCCGACCCAUGCGGCUCGCAUCCCACCUUCAGCGACCACAAGCCUUGGCGCCGCUCAUCGACGGUGACGAAGACGACGAUGAGGACGAUCACCAACGAGAUGGCGUAGAGGCCGAUGUUAGAGGACGGGAUCUGAGGCUGCGGAGUGGAUCCGUCCACCGGCGACCUAGAUCCAUGUCACCACUCCGCAACUCGAGGUUCCAGUGGGUGGAGGACGAGGACGAGCAAGCGGGAGGGGGAGCGGAUCUCGAAACGGAUCCAGAUCUGAAGCAGAUCGAGAUCGAGAUCGAGACGAUGACGCCUUCCUCCGCCUCAGCAUCGUCAUCGAGGUCCUCAUCCUCUGGCCGGAACUCGAAGCGAUGGAUCUUUCUCAAAGACCUCCUUUAUCGCAGCAAAAGCGAAGGCCGUGGGAAGGAGAAGGAGAAGUUCUGGCACUCGAUCUCCUUCUCAUCAUCAUCAUCAUCAUCAUCAUCAUCGAAGGAGAAAGACAAAUCCAAGCCCCCAACUCCCUCUCCUCCUUCUCCAUCCUCCGACAAGCCAAAACCCAACAAGCCGGCGACGAAGAAGACGGCCACCGCUUCCCGCCGGCCCUCGGCGCAUGAGAGGCUUUACACCUCGAACCGUGCGGUGUCGGAGGACAUGCGCCGGCGAACGUUCCUCCCUUAUCGGCAAGGCUUGCUCGGCUGCCUUGGCUUCAGCUCCCGUGGCUACGGCGCCGUCUCCGGCCUCGCCAAAACCCUAAAUCCCGUUUCAUCGAGGUAAUUUUCCACAAUUAAUUAUUAGCGAAAAUUAUAUUAAAUUCCAAAAAAAUUCAAAAAAAAAAUGAAAAAGAAAAAGAAAACCAUGUUUUUGUAUAUAUCCCUUUAUUUAUCUCUGAAAAAAAAAUAACAAAAAAAUCACUUUUUUUUUAAAAAAAAAUUAUUAGUGAAACAAAAAAAUGCUUUUGUAUCUGGGUGGUGUAUAGUGUGGUAGUUAUAUUAAUAACGUUUGGUUAUUUGUCAUAAUCUUUGAAUAAUUUGAAAUUAGAGAAAAGGACGUGCGAGGCACGUGAUGUGCCUGGAUUGUGGGUGUCCAUUUGUCCCACAUAUGGAUGAGAAUGGUGAAAGUAUAUGG